AUGGCAGAAAAUCAAAAAAGCGCUCCGAAACCGUCCCUUGCACCAGGACCAGAGGAUUCAAAAGGCCAAAUCCAACUUAGCUCCGGUGUCCAGGAUGCUCACGAACAAGCAGAACCGUACUGCGUGUAUGGCCGUAUCACCAAAGCGAUAAUCGUUCUGGGAGUAUCCAUUGCGGGAUGCUUUUCACCGUUCGCUACGAAUAUGUACCUUCCGGCUUUGAACGAGCUUGCCAAGGAUCUCCAUCGCAGUAUUCCAUUGAUCAAUCUGUCCAUGACAACGUAUUUGAUCUUCCAAGGCCUGACGCCUGCCCUGCUGGGGCCACUUAUGGAUCGCUCCGGACGGAGACCCAUUUACAUCAUCUGCUUCGUGCUUUAUUUUGCGUCUAAUGUGGGACUAGCUUUACAGAGAAGUUAUGGCGCGCUCCUGGGUCUGCGUGCCAUGCAAAGUGCUGGAAGCAGCAGCACCAUCUCGCUCGCAAGUGCUGUUGUUGCCGACAUUGCUACCCGGGCAGAGCGUGGAGUUUACAUGGGCUAUACUUUCGCAGGCUUCCUGGCCGGUCAAACCCUAAGUCCCGUCCUUGGAGGCAUCCUGUCGAAUUACUUGGGCUGGCCGUGGAUAUUUUGGUUUCUGGCCAUCUUCUCCGCGGCUUUUUUGCUGAUCCUGCUCCUUUUUCUCCCGGAGACUUCCAGGUUACUUGUGGGCAACGGCUCUCGACGGCCACCGCGCUACAGCUUGUGCCUCCUAGAUCUGGUCCCGUGCCAUGGAUUCCAUAUCGAACCGCGCAUUCCAUCUGCGUCUGCCGUGGACAACAUUACAUUGUCUCAGCUCGUUCUGGGCCCCUGGGCUUCUCUCCAAGUCCUUUUGGACCGAAGGGUGGGCCUAGUGAUCUUGGCCAAUGGGGUCAAUUUCUGCGGCACUGUGGCCGUCACCACCAGCCAGCCAUCCCUGUUCAAAGAAAUCUAUGAUCUGACUGAUCUGCAAGUUGGAUUGUGCUUCCUGCCUUUUGGCAUUGGCGGGAUCUUGGCAUCGUACGCCCAGGGUAAACUUACCGAUUGGAAUUACCGCCGGCAUGAGCGCAGACGCGUCGGACAAGGCUCGUCAUUUGCCAAUAGCUUAGAGGGGGGCUCAGGGAUGGCCGGUUUUCCGCUGGAGCGGGCGCGCGGGGAGAUGUUGCCCCCACUGGCAGCUAUGCAGUGCGCUGCAUCUAUUUCCUACGGGUGGAUGCUACAGCACUCGGUGCAUCUCGCGGGGCCCCUCAUCGCCCUGUUCCUCUUAGGUUAUACCGCGGCGGCGAUCAUCAACUGCCUGAACGUUCUGACUAUUGAUCUAUACUCGGACCGUCCGGCGAUGGCAAUGGGGGUGACCAAUUUGACCCGAUGUUUGUUGGGCGCCGGAGCCAGCGCAGCUAUCGGGCCUUUGAUCGAACAUAUUGGGAGGGGGUACGCCUUAACCAUCAUUCCUGGGCUUACUAGUCUGCUAUGUAUCCCACUGGCAGCCAUUGUGAUGGUUUGGGGACUGCGGUGGCGAAGACAGCGUGUGCAAUGGGGAUGA